AUAACGAAAAUGACUAAGGAGCAGCUGGAAGUGUACUCGGCAAAAUUGCUCGAGGAAAUGGAGCGUGAGAGAGAGGAGAGAAACUUUUUCCAGAUCGAGCGUGACAAAAUUCAAACCUUUUGGGAUAUCUCGAAGCAGCAGCUGAACGAGUCACGAACGACCAACAGAAUUUUGAGAAAGGAAGCGCAAGACUUCUCCAAAAAAUUCGAGCAAGAGUCCUUGCAAACGCGGAAAAAGCUGACGCACCUGGUGCACACGUAUCAAAAUGAAACGGCGAACAUUAAUAUCGAGAACAUGGUGUCAUUGAAAAAAUUUCAAAAUCAGUUUCUUCAAAAGAAAGCCGAGAUCGUCAGGCAGAACAACGAGAAUGUCAAGCUGCUAAACGAAAUGAAUCUUGCGAGCUUGAAUCAGUGUCAGGCGAUCAAGCUGCAGCAUCGCAAAACUCUGGAAAAAAUGAAGGACGAGUUCAAGCAGGAUGUCGUCGACAUUCAGAGAAAGUACGACGACAAGCUGAUGGCGUACCGAGAGCAGUUUUCGCUGAGGCAUAACAUGGAGAUAAUGGAGGUUGAAGAGCGCAAGAACGAACACGCGAGCACGUUGAUAAAAGAACAUGAGAGGGCUUUCGAAGAAUUGAAGUCUUUCUAUAACAAUAUUCUUCUUAACAAUCUGUCGGUUAUUGAUAAUUUGAAAAAAAAAUUCAGCUUGGUCAAGAAAAAUGAAAUGAAGAUGAUUGGCCAGUUGAAAGAUUUGAAGACUUAAGUGUCGCGCACAAAUAGGAUAUUGUCAAUUUUUUAUAGACUUGGUGUAAAACGUGUAAAUAAGGUACACGAUCACUCGAACUUGUUGAAUAAUCGGAUAACGUAAAUGAGCGAAAAAUAAUGGUCUUCCAGUGCAA